AGAAAAAAAUUCUUGGAGGCUCAUGAAUUGCAGCAUUCGAGAAAGUUUUGUUUUAUUGGAGACGUCGGAUGACGUACAACGCGACGCGGGUCGACACUUCUUUAGAUUUUGCGAGUGAGGAUUUGAGGAUUCUAUUUUUGCAAGCACAUGCUGGAAAUUUUUAGCAAAUUAAAUAAACCAGCAGCCACUUCAAAUGUGACUAAUACCAAAGCAGUCUUUAAAUCUAGAAGGUUGAAAAAUCAGUCAGAGUAGGAUGUUGGCCGAGGUCGAUGUCUUUAUUGGGAACCACACCUUUGUGGACCAUGAAAUAUUUCAGCUCUGGAUAGAAGGAAAUUCAGCACAAGAGGCAGCCGUGGUACUUCAACAACGUGGGGCCCUGCAAACCUUUCCGGGUGCAACGAGUGAUUUUCUGCUGGCUGAUGUUUGUGACCACUACCGAACGUACGUCCUCUUGGAGAAGCUGCUCCACACGCCUCCAAGGAUUUUUGAACAAUGGACCUUUCAAAUGGACAGUCAAACGCAAAGAAUGCUCAUCGACCACUUCUACGAAUUCGAUGAUAUUGUGAUGCGAGAAAUACUGGGAAACAAACUCUCCACCAGACAUAGGAAGGAUCUGGACAAGAUAACUGAAACUACGGGUGUAAAUUUAAGGUCAUGCAGGAGACAAUUUGAUAAUGCCAAGCGAAUUUUUAAAGCCACAGAAGAAAUGACUGGCUCAAUGCAUCAAAAUAUCAAGAUACACUUUCUCCUCUCGGAAGAAUUAGCAAAGAAAUACUGCGCAGUGGUCUUUAUUGCGGGUUACCGAUUUGAAACGAAUAAGAAGAAAUUGCAAUAUUUGUCCUUUAUUGACUUUUGUAAUUGCGCGUACGCAUUGAUGCAACACUGGACUUCACCAAUUAUGGACGAUAAUUCCACUGCAGACAUUGAGCGUGAAUUUCUAGUCGACUUGAGAGAACUAAGAAUCAUAUUGGAAAAAGAGAAGGAACAUAAAGCGUUGGUCUGUCAGAGACUAAAGAAUCGAGUCAGUGACAAAAUAUUUGCGGAACUGGAUCACAAUUUUAAGGUUUAUUCGCGUACCUUGAUAAAUCUGGCUUAUUCAUUGCACCACAAUAAAUCUCUGAAAGAGCUUUUUGUUGAUCUGGUUGAAAAGUAUAUUGAGCCAUGCAAACAUUUGCACUGGACCAUUGCGGAAAUGAAAGUUUUUCUGGAGGUAUAUUCCGACGCGGCAAGUCAAUUGGAUGUGGUCAGAUCUCAGUCUCAUCUAAGGUCGGUAUUAAAACGAUUCAUGGAUGGGAUCUCUAUGUGCUUGUUGACCAUGUAUCACAAUUAAUGGUCUCAAGCUUGUGUUCAUUCUCAAUUUAUUUAUGCAAAACGUAUUAUUUUUUUUGUAUCAGUUAAAAGCACAAAUAAAAAUAUAUAAGCGAGUCAAAAAAUCAAA